UUUACAUCAAGUGUCCUAUUAGUUGUGUACUCACAUCGUAGCUGCAAGGAAGGUCAGUUAGCAAAUCAACAACGAUAUGGAGCACGCUAUACCGCCACCCCCUCCAAAGGACAAGAGUAAAAAGCGGAAAAAGUCUAAAUCCAAGGCCAAUGGGGACAAUGUCGACGAUUCAAAAAGAGGAUCUAUAGCAGAGUCAGAGCCAGACGCAGGUGAUUCUCAAGAAGACGAACCCCCAGAAGCGGAGCAGCGAGAGAGGACUCCUACGACUUUGGAAAAAAUUCAAGAAAUACUCAACCCUACUUUCAAGAUACCGGAAACUAAAGGACCUUACAAAAUCCCCGAAGCAGUCAAGGCUGGCGAUGUUAAUGCAAUGCAGGAUCUUGAUGAACGAAAAAUUAUCGAAUUAAAAGAGGUGUUUACAUUAUUUGAUACGGAUGCUGAUGGAAUCUUAUCGUCGGAGGACCUUCGAGCUACUUGGAUAGCGCUUGGAAAGGAACCGACAUCGGAAACUAUCGAACAAAUGCUCACCGAGGCACUGAGUCCACUUGAUUUCGAUGCUUUUGUCGCUUUGAUGGGCUACAAAAUGAUUGAACUUGAUCCGGAGGAUGUUCUCUUAGAAGCGUGGAGCAAAUGGGAUCUCGAGGGGACUGGUUUCAUUCUUGAGGAAAGAAUAUUUCAUGACCUGAUUUCGCAUGGCGACCGAUUUACCGAGAAGGAAGCUCAUCGUGCCCUGGAAGAUGCUCCACUCGCCAAGGCUAAAACCCUAGAUGAACCGCCUAUGAUUGAUUAUCAAGCAUUUUGCAGCAUGCUUGCAGGGCUCAGACGAAGAAAGCAACCAGACUAAACUGGGGCUAUGAAAGAGGCUCCUUGAGCCAGAUAACAAACUUAAUGGAUGUGUUGUUUCUCCGCUGUGAAUAAAGAAAACUUAACAAGUU